CUAUAGUAGUGCUUUUUAUCGCCGAUGCCGACUGUUUCAAUUGCUCCGUGCCGUUCGUGCGAGUGAGUCGCGUUUUUUGUUCGCUCCUCCCUUCAACAACCAAAGUGGUGGACUCAACAAGUGUGCGAGCUGUGUGUGAUCUGUGUUUGGCUGAAACUCUACUUGAUUGAAGUUCGAAAAAUCUAAUGAAUCUGAAUCUUUCCCAACACUGUGACCCAUCAGAGAUCUCAAAAGCUAGAAAGCAAAGUUAUCGGUCCUGAAACCAAAUGAACAAACCUAGUGCAGAUUAAGUGAUAUUGAUUAACAAUCGAAGAUUGGUGUGAUACGAUUAACGAAGACAGUUAUCUGCCAAGGCUGGGCUUUGGAAGUUCCUAAUUACAAGAAUCGAGUGUGCGAGAGUUGGUUGGUUUCGAUCGGAGCGCAAGAAAAUGUUCCUCGACACGUACCUGUUGGGCGUAGUGCAGCAGGAGUUCUUCGAUGCGUCCAAGGCGCGCAGCACGCUGCUGGUGUUCUGCUGCACGCUCAGCUGCGUGGUAUUUCUGCAGUGGCUGUUCCGGCUGAUCUGCCAGAUCAAGAAGCUUCCGCCGGGGCCGUGGGGAGUGCCAAUCUUCGGCUACCUCACCUUCAUCGGCCACGAGAAGCACACACAGUACAUGAAGCUGGCCCGGAAGUACGGGUCGCUGUUCAGUGCGAAGCUCGGCGCCCAACUAACGGUGGUGAUCAGUGACUACAAGAUCAUCCGCGAGGCGUUCAAAACGGAGGACUUCACCGGGCGGCCGCAUUCGCCGCUGCUGAAAACGCUCGGCGGUUUCGGAAUCAUCAACAGCGAAGGUCAACUAUGGAAGGAUCAACGGCGGUUUUUACACGAGAAGCUACGUCACUUCGGAAUGACGGUGCUUGGCAACAAGAAACACCUCAUGGAGAGCAGAAUCAUGACCGAAGUCGCCGAACUACUCACCUCGCUGAACGAGGUUGGCAACCAGUCAACCGAUCUGAGCAAGUACCUUUCCGUGUCGGUCAGCAACGUAAUUUGCAACAUCAUUAUGUCGGUGCGGUUCUCACUGGAGGAUCCAAAGUUCAAGCGGUUCAACUGGCUGAUCGAGGAGGGCAUGCGACUGUUCGGUGAAAUUCACACCAUCGACUACAUCCCGCAGAUUCAGUACCUGCCGGGUAAUAUCAACGCCAAGAACAAGAUUGCCAAGAACCGACAGGAAAUGUUCGACUUCUACCGGGAAGUGAUCGAUGAACACAAGCGAUCGUUCGACGCUGAAAACAUCCGCGACAUUGUCGAUGCCUACUUGGACGAGAUCCAAAAAGCGCAAGCUGAAGGCCGCGACCAGGAACUCUUCGAAGGCAAAGACCACGAGAUCCAAAUGAUGCAGGUGAUUGCGGAUCUCUUCUCGGCCGGCAUGGAAACCAUCAAGACCACCCUGCUCUGGCUGAACGUGUUCAUGCUGCGGCACCCGGAUGCGAUGAAACGAGUGCAGGACGAGCUGGAUCAGGUGGUCGGUCGCAACCGUUUGCCGAAAAUCGAAGAUGUACCGUACCUGCCCAUAACGGAGACCACCAUACUGGAGGUGAUGCGCAUCUCCAGCAUCGUCCCGCUAGCCACUACGCAUUCCCCUAAAAGCGAUGUCGUCAUCAACGGUUAUACCAUCCCAGCCGGCUCGUACGUUGUGCCCCUCAUCAACAGCGUCCACAUGGACCCAACCCUGUGGGACCAGCCGGAGGAAUUCAACCCGAGCCGCUUCCUGGAUGCCGAAGGCAAGGUCCACAAACCGGACUUCUUCAUUCCGUUCGGUGUGGGCCGCCGGCGCUGUCUCGGUGACGUCCUCGCCCGGAUGGAACUGUUCCUGUUCUUCGCCUCCAUCAUGCACACCUUCACCAUCGAACUACCUGAAGACGAACCGAUGCCAAGUUUGAAGGGCAUCAUCGGUGUCACCAUCAGCCCCCAGGCAUUCCGCGUCAAGCUGAUCCCGCGACCACUCAAUUCCGACCUGGAUCGGCUGCGGAAUGUGGGUGGCUGUUGAUGGACCUCCCACCAGUGGUGAGGACCCGUCGUCCCAAAAGAGCACGGUAUGUUCCUACGUUACACGCAAAAACAAAAAAAAAAAGAAACGCAAACAUAAUAUUUACUGCAAUGGGCGAGAACACAAAUUGCGCGCGAAAAGCAACAAACUUCAACAAAUUAUCAAAACGAAUCAUUCGAGUGCCUGCAAAACUGAAGCAAAAUCGAUAGUACAUUAGCUAGUCAUGCGUUGUUGUUCGGAGAGUAAUUUUGUUGAAUCAUUCUUUUACAAUGUUGAAGUUGUUUUUAUUGCCUUUAGAGAGAUAAAUCCGCAUUUUUAAUCGCAUUUUAAUGACAGUUAAUUAUUUAUACAAGUGCCGAGUUGGUCGAAGCAAAAGCAAGCGUACAAAUGACUUCGGUCGAAUUGCACAUACAUACGGACACUCACACAUACACACACAGCACUCGGAGCAGCAGAAAUA